AUGAACACCGAACCGAAUUAUGCCCUCUCUUUCGACUACUACACUAAAGAAGCAACAACAGUUCCAAAAAGGGAAAUCAUCGUCAACAUAAAACGUGAAAAUACUAACCAAACAUGUAUUUCCUUUAUGAUAGGAUUUUUGACCACUGCUCUCAGGUAUCUCACUGAUACAACAACCAACGUCAUGCAACAUCUGCUCAUAUAUCAUGACAUCACACUCAACGCGGCGAGAAGUAUCAUAGAAAGUACUAAUGACCACGUGUACAACGUUGUCUCCAAUCUGACUGAUCAUCAAGGUACAGACCUUCAUGUGAUAGUUAGUACUUGUAUCAAGGUACAAACCUUCACGUCAUGCAACAUCUGCUCACAUAUCAUGACAUCACACUCAACGCGGCGAGAAGUAUCAUAG